AAUUUAGUUUCCACCAUUUUUACACACUUCACUUUUUUUUCUAAGUGUUAACUUAUAAACCUAGACUAGAAGUGAUAACAUUAACAACAUACACUACACUUUGUUUCAAAAAUCAUUUAACCCUAGCUCACCGUCACUCACCCUUCACAUCUCUGCAACCCUAACACAGCCAUAACUCCCUCUCCCAACAACGCCGCUGUCUCCCUCUCUCAACCCGUCACAACCCCUCCCUCCAACCCGUCGCAGCACCUACGUCCACCCCUCCCUCCUCGCUCAUGCCCCACGCCACCGUCUCCCUCUCUCACAUGCGUCGCGCCAACCGUCAGCACCACUCGUCAGCGCAACUCAUUAGUGCCACUCGUCAGUGCCAACCUUCAUUCUGCUAGUGCCGACGUCUAUGGUGUUUAUUCAUGAUUCGGCGGCAGGAUCUAGAAGGAAACGAUCGGUGGCAUCUCCAUCGAGCUCGGCACCGGAUGCUUCGCUGGUGGCGGCGGGUAUUCUGGAUGAUAUAUUGAAAUCCCUUGGUGACAACAAGAAGUACAUGAGAGAAUGUGCACUCAAUACUUUGGAUUUGUGGCUUGCUGCUGUUCAUCUUGAUAAAAUGUUUCUACUUAUGUUUCUGCUGUUGCUUCUACUGCUACUUCUGCUGUACCUUUUGUGGUUUCUUCUCCAACAGGAGAAGUGGAUUUGGAGGAUGAUAAUAUUGUUUAUUUCAUCAGAAAGAAACUUCAAGUUUGGUGUAUAGGCAACAAAAUGGGAACUGGGAACUAGGAAAGAUACAGUCAACUUCAGAAGAGGAAGCAUGCGUUUCGCUUUCAAAUGGAAAUGUAAAAUUCUAAGCAUUUUUGUCAUUUCGGAAUAAAGUUUUCAGGGUAACAUGUUUGUGGUUGUUACUGCAGGUUAUGAAAGUGUCCAAAUUAGCACUCCUACCAGCUAAUCCCGACAUUUUAGAGGGUGUGGAUGAUCUUAUACAGCUUAGUUACUUAAAUGAACCAUCAGUUCUUUACAAUCUUAGAUCAAGAAAACUCUAAAUUUAAAAUAUAAUAAUAAAUAUGUCAUGUGAUAGAAAAAUAAUAAACU